GGAACAGCCGGAGCAGCAGCAGCACUCAUGACCAACUGUGGCGCCGCACGAAAUGAGGAAGGAAAYGCAGAAAAAGAAGAAAAGGGUCUCAUCUUCCCUCAUUUCCCCAUUCCGAGGGCUCUGCUGGAGGCUCCGCUGUGGAUCCGAGGGGACGCKCACCGAGAUCCCAAAAAGGAGGCGAUGGGAGAUUCCACCAACGCCAGCACCGUGGGUAACGGCAGCCUGGUGCCACCGUGCCACCGCGACAGCGCCGUCCCCCGCCUGCUCUUCCCCGCGCUCUACUCGCUSGUUUUCCUGCUGGGGCUGGCGCUCAACAGCCUGGCCUGCUGGGCUUUCUGCCACAUCCCCAGCACGUCCACCUUCAUCGUCUACCUCAAGAACAUCGUGCUGGCCGAUCUCCUCAUGACGCUGAUGCUGCCGCUGAAGAUCGUGACGGACGCGGGGCUGGCGCCGUGGCAGCUCAGAGCCGUCGUGUGCCGCUUCUCGGCCGUGCUCUUCUACGCCGCCAUGUACAUCAGCAUCGUGCUGCUGGGGCUCGUGGCGCUCGACAGGUUCCUCAAGAUCGUCAGGCCYUUCGGGAGGUUCUGGGUGCAGAAGCCGAGCUCGGCCAAGAUCCUGGCCUGCCUGGUCUGGCUCUUCUUCCUGGCGCUGUCGCUGCCCAACGCGGUGCUGUCCGACCGCGCGGCCAYGCCGCUGACCGUCAGGAAAUGCGCGUCCCUCAAGAGCCCCCUGGGGCUGCGCUGGCACGAGGCCGUCAACUACAUCUGCCAGUUGGUCUUCUGGAGCGUGCUGCUCCUCAUGCUGCUCUUCUACACCGUCAUCGCCAAGAAGGUCUACGAGUCCUACGUGAGGACGCAGCGGAAGGGCGACCGCGGCGAGAAGCGCAUCAAGGGCAAGGUGUUCAUUGUUUUCACCGUCUUCUUCUCGUGCUUCGCGCCGUUCCACUUCAGCCGCGUGCCCUACACGCUGAGCCAGACCAGCGCSCACAUGGAGUGCCGCCUGCGGAGCCGCCUCUUCGUGGCCAAGGAGAGCACGCUGUGGCUGGCGGCCACCAACGUCUGCGCCGACCCGCUCAUCUACCUGCUCCUGUGCAAGCCCUUCGUGCGGAGAGUGCUGCACCGGGGACUGCACGGGGCGGCCGAGACAAACACCAAAACUGAGCUGGACACGCCAGGAGCAGCUGAGACAAACACCAAAACUGAGCUGGACACAACAAACACCAAAACUGAGCUGGACACGCCAAACACCAAAACUGAGCUGGACACGCCUGGGGACAGCCGAGACAAACACCAAAACUGAGCUGGACACGCCUGGGGACAGCCGAGACAAACACCAAAACUGAGCUGGACACAACAAACACCAAAACUGAGCUGGACACACCAAACACCAAAACUGAGCUGGACACAACAAACACCAAAACUGAGCUGGACACAC